ACACCAUCUGUGCAGCAAUAAUUGUAACAUUCAGUGGAUCUCUAGCCCAGUGUCAUAACUAUGAACAUGUUGAUCUUCCAUUUAACCUUUUUGAUGAUACUGCUUCAAGUCGUUCAGGGACCUUUUCCCCGCUGGUGGCCCUCUUCAAAAAAACGGUCUGGAAAAUCUGAGUCACAACUUGAAAACAACGAACCAAAACCUUCCAACAUUCAUACUGUGACAAGCGAAAUAUACCUCUCAAAUAAGUUGAAAGAAGCCGAACAGAACCAACAGAUGGUCGUGAUUGAAUUCUUCUUGACAUGGUAUGGACCUUGCAAAUUUAUCGAACCCUAUUUUACUGGAUAUGCAAAACGUUUUCCGGACGUUAUCUUUCUUAUGGUGGAUAUAGACAAACAGGACAAGAUUACAAACAAGUACAAAAUAGACGUAGGAAGUCUGCCGACUUUUAAGUUCAUCAAGAAAAGAGCAAGCGAGAGUGAAAGCAUAGUGGAGACGACGAUAGGAACAGACAAAACAGACUUUGCGAAAAAAUUUUACAAAAUGAGUGAAGCUUCCAUACAUGUUGUGAUUCACGAUAGUUACUAUGCAUAUCUGUUGAAUGAGGCUAUCAAAAACGGACAACUGGCCGUGAUAAGUUUCCUUUCAAAAGAGUGUGAACAUUGCAAGGAUAUAACACCCUUUAUUGAAGAAUAUGCCAAACAGCACAAGGAUGCUAUCUUUAUUGAGGUGGAUGUAAACGAACUGAAAUAUACUGCGGAUUUGUACAAAGUUGAGGAGGUGCCAACCUUUCAGUUCAUCAAGUACGAAGAAAGGAAGAAGGUGAUUGGAGCAAACAAGGAAGACUUUAAGAAUACAUUUAAAGUACUAAACGAACUACAGUAGUUCCGAUUGUUUGAACUGUUUUGUAAUAUAUAGUUUACAAAGUCUA